AUGCUAGAGCACAAAUAUGGAGGCCACCUGGUCUCUCGGAGGGCAGCCUGCACCAUCCAGACUGCCUUCCGCCAGUACCAGCUCAGCAAAAACUUUGAGAAGAUACGGAACUCGCUCCUGGAGAGUCGCAUGCCGCGGCGGAUUUCACUAAGGAAAGUCCGAGUCCAGAACUCUGAAAGUUUUUCUGCUGAGAAGGCCCUCGUGGAAGGCUAUAACUUUGUGGGCAUCCCCUUGGUGAGGUCUCCGUCUUUGCCAGCUACCAUAAGCGGGGCCCUGACUGAGCUGGAGGACUCUUUCACCGAGCAAGUCCAGUCUUUGGCCAAGUCUAUAGAUGACGCCCUCAGCACAUGGAGCCUGAAGACGAUGUGUUCCCUUCAAGACGGCAGCUCCUACCAGAUAAGGGAGACAUUCAGCACGAUGCAGCCAAACCAAGACUUGGAAGCCGAACUGAAGGAUCAAGAGAAGGAGGAAGGGCUGCUGCCAGAUACAUUGCCAAAGAGCAGCAGCACCCUCAUGAUGGCCUUCCGGGACGUCACCGUCCAGAUUGACAACAAGAACUUCUCCGUCUCCUCAUCUACCUCGGUGUCUAUGGCAAACUGUCUUGCCAACAACACCCAGGCGGGAGUUUCUCAAGCUGCCAAAAUAGAAGAAAUCCCAGAGGAAGCUGGGAAAGAGAACCAAGAGCAUCAAGCUGUCUCCGAGGGGCAGCCUGACUCCGGAAUCCUUCAGAAUAGUCAUACGGCAACUGAGGGGAACGUCAACACCAACGGCUUGGUGGGAGGGGAAGCAGACCAAGAACAAAUGAUGGUGCAGAAGCUGGAGUUCGGCUCCAGCCACGAGGCUGGGCAGAACAAGGGCUUGGAGGCAGAAAAUGUGGACAAUUCAGAGCAGCUGAGCAGCAGCAGCACCUCCACCUCAGCCAAGUCUGCCUCAGAGUUGUCUUCGAAGGAAGCCCUGCAGGCCAUGAUUUUGAGCCUCCCGCGGUAUCACUGUGAAAACCCGGCCAGCUGCAAAUCUCCUACUCUUUCCACGGACACCAUGAGGAAACGGCUCUACCGCAUUGGGCUAAACCUCUUUAACAUAAAUCCAGACAAGGGGAUCCAGUUCCUUAUAUCUCGGGGCUUCAUACCAGACACACCGAUUGGAGUGGCACAUUUCCUGUUGCAGCGCAAGGGGCUCAGCCGGCAGAUGAUCGGGGAGUUCCUGGGGAACAGCAAGAAACAGUUCAACCGGGAUGUUCUAGACUGUGUAGUAGAUGAGAUGGACUUCUCUGGCAUGGAGCUUGAUGAAGCUUUGCGGAAAUUUCAAGCCCACAUCCGGGUGCAGGGAGAGGCCCAGAAGGUGGAGAGGUUGAUUGAAGCCUUCAGCCAGCGGUACUGCAUGUGUAACCCUGACGUAGUCCAGCAAUUCCAUAACCCAGACACCAUCUUCAUCCUGGCCUUUGCCAUCAUCCUUCUCAACACGGAUAUGUACAGCCCUAACAUCAAACCCGACAGGAAAAUGAUGCUGGAGGACUUUAUUCGGAACCUCAGAGGAGUAGAUGAUGGAGCUGACAUUCCCCGGGACUUGGUGGUGGGAAUUUAUGAGAGGAUCCAACAGAGAGAGCUCAAAUCAAAUGAGGAUCAUGUAACCUAUGUCACCAAAGUAGAAAAAUCCAUUGUUGGAAUGAAAACGGUCCUCUCAGUGCCACAUCGCCGGUUAGUUUGCUGCAGCCGACUUUACGAAGUGACAGACGUCAACAAAGUACAGAAGCAAGCUGCUCACCAGAGGGAGGUCUUCCUCUUCAAUGAUUUGCUGGUGAUUCUCAAGCUUUGCCCCAAGAAGAAAAGCUCUUCAACGUACACAUUUUGCAAGUCUGUCGGCCUGUUAGGAAUGCAGUUCCAUCUCUUUGAGAAUGAAUAUUACCCGCAUGGCAUCACCUUGGUGACUCCUCUUUCAGGCUCAGAGAAGAAACAGGUACUCCAUUUCUGCGCUCUGGGUGCCGAGGAAAUGCAGAAAUUUGUGGAAGACCUAAAAGAGUCAAUAGCAGAGGUGAUGGAGCUAGAACAGAUUCGAAUUGAAUGGGAGCUGGAGAAGCAACAUGGGACAAAGAACCUUUCCUUAAAGUCCAAUGGAGCUCAGAUGGAAAUACAAUCCAAGCAAGGAUCUCCAACAGCCAAAAGAGAUUUGGGAGAGAAGGUUCCGGACAGCACAGUGGAGGUUUUAAUCAAUGCCUCCCCUGCCAGACUGACAAUUUUACCAAUUUCCAGAGAUACAAUAAAAAGUUACUGCUAGGACGGGUAAUACAACUUUCAAAUCCAGAUUAAACUUCAAAGCAUUUUUUUUCAAGCCGUUUCAAUAACUGUUAACACAUCCUUCAUGGAGCGAGCGCCCGAACUCUGGAGACUAACCUGCUCCUUCCUCAUCCCCACCCAACACACUUUCAGGAGAAAUCAGAGACACAGAUGAGGUGAACUCCGCUGGCAGGCCACCGCCAUCACAGGACCCCCCGCUAAAACUCACUGCUAUGACCUUUCCCUCAUAGGUUCUUCUGCCCUAGACACUGGGCCCCUCGUCACAGGCUUCCAUAGACCAAACAUUUCCCAUAUUCACUGGGACUCUUCUUAGGUUGAAAGCUUAGGCCAACCAUUUCCCAAUUUGGGGAGGGUUGUUGGAGGAACUUUCUUGCCUGUCCUUAUUUGGGAGCAAGGACUCUGUUGUGGGAGUCUUUCUGUGGAUCUCAGCUCACCAAGAAAGCUGUCAUCUGGGAGAGAUAUCCAGAAUAUUUCGUUUGCCCCAGCUUUGUCCUUUCCCAAGCCUCUUUCACCAGGUAGAUAGCUCCAUCUCCCUGCAAGUGUUACUUGACAUAGGGGCAGGAGCUGCAGUUCUUCACAAACAAGCAUUUCCUCAAUCAGCCUCCAUUUCCAGCUCCAACUCCUCUUUCUUGCUGAUUUAGGCCUCUUUCCACAGAGGCCAUUUUACACCCACGCCCCAGCUUUCUGUUCAACAGCCUGGGAAAAACCCAGCUGCCACAGGCAUAAUUCCUCAGACCCAGUUCAUGCUGGUUUCAUAAAACCCUAUUUCAUCACCCUGAUGACAUUCCUGCUGCUGGGGAGGAGGGAUGGGCAUCUCCACGGCCUCAUAUACAGCUGUUGGGCCUGCAAACAUUUCUCCAUGAAGGGUUUUCAGUUCAGGGGUGUAAAAUUCCAAGGAGACAGUUCACAAAUAUAUGUUCCUUCAGGUGAUUCCAGAAUCAGGCAGACAGGGCCCCAGAUCUGUCCGUUGUGGAAGAGAUCCUUCUCUUCCCAUUCCUAGUUUCCUCCUGCUCUCCUGGGGAGCUGUGCCCUUCUGAAACUCUUUAUUCUAGGAGUUUCCCCCCUUGUAC